AUGGCCAACCUCUUCGAUAUACGGAAAGAGAUCUUCGGAAGCGACGACACUAAAAGAAUUGUCAUUAAAGUGAAUACCAAUAUUCUUGAUUCCCAGGACUAUCGUGCCUCGGCAAACGGCGUUGCUAGCGAAAUAUUUCCCGAGUGGGAACGCGACUCUCGGGUUCACUUCCUUGCUAUUGAUGUGUGGAGUGAGCGAACCUUUAUGGUUAUUGACAUCAACCAUCACGAUUACGACUUUCACACGGCGCACAAAACAAAGGCCAUUCUUCCAGUCUAUGUGCUCCAGCAGCGUAGGAGAAACCGUCCCUGGACUCUUAUAAGGUGGCCUCAAGAGGAUGGGCCCCUUGCUGCGAGCCUAGCCGAUCUUCACAAUGUCAAUGGGUUUGAUACCCUGACGCCUUUCCUGGAAAACCAUAAUUCGCGCAUCGUACACGCCAAUCCCCGCGAAUUUUAUGUGUGA